AUCAGCUUGGUUGCAUAAGAAAAACUUGUAGAUAGCAGACAGAAGACAGCCAAUGGAGGGAGGUGGCAUUAGUCAACAUUCCCAAGAACUACAUCCACUAAAGGUGACCAUUGUAAGGGAAGAAAACAAGACAAAAGCUGGGUAUUGAUGCCCAGCAUAUUAAAAAAAUGAUUUUGAUGCCUCCCGUCUUCACAGGGAAAAUUCAACUAACAUUUGGCUGGUGUGGGAAAAGGACCAGCCGGUGACAGAGCUCUCUGAACUCUGGCAAGGUCAACCUUUGGGUAUAUAUCAGGUGGCAGAGGCAGCCAUAAAAGUCUGUUUCUGGCCCAACAUUCACACUGUUGGUCAUGAUGAGGGGGCUGCUCGUGUUCGCUGCGCUGCUUGUGGCAGUUUUUGGCAAAGUGACGUUUGAGGGGCACAAAGUGCUUCGAAUUGUUCCCAAGGAUGAAGUCCAGCUGUCUCUUAUCAAGGAUCUGGAGGAAAUGAUGGAGUUCGAGCUGGAUUUUUGGAGGGGGGUGACUACUGUGUCUAAUCCCGUGGAUGUCAGAGUUCCCUUCCACGUCUUGAAGUCAGUCAAAGAUUACCUUGAGACACAGAACAUUGACUACUCCGCCAUGAUUGAAGACCUCCAGAUGAUUCUGGAUAAGGAGCAGAAGGAGAUGGCUGCUGCUCGUGUACCUCAGCCCAAAAACACUGAUAGUUUCGACUUCGCUAACUACCACACCCUUGAAGAGAUCUACAGCUUCCAGGACAUGCUGGUGGCUGAGAAUCCCAACUUUGUCAGCAAGAUAGUGAUUGGGCAGAGCUACGAAGGCCGUCCUCUUAAUGUGCUCAAGUUCAGCACUGGUGGAACCAACCGUCGUGCCAUCUGGAUCGACACUGGAAUCCACUCCAGAGAGUGGGUCACUCAGGCCAGCGGGCUAUGGUUUGCUAAGAAGAUUGUGACUGAUUAUGGAACGGAUCCCGCCCUCACCGCAAUCCUCAAUCAAAUGGACAUCUUCCUAGAGAUUGCCACCAACCCUGAUGGAUACGCCUUCACCCACAGUGGUAAUCGUAUGUGGCGUAAGACCAGGAAGCCCAAUCCUGGUUCUUCUUGUGUGGGAGUUGAUCCCAAUAGGAACUGGGAUGCUGGUUUUGGAGAACCUGGUGCCAGCAGCAGCCCCUGCUCAGAAACCUAUCGUGGACCCAGUCCACACUCUGAGUCUGAGGUCAAGUCUAUUGUGGACUUCGUGAAGUCUCAUGGCAACAUCAAGGCCUUCAUCUCCAUCCAUUCGUACUCCCAGAUGCUCAUGUAUCCCUAUGGCUACAAAACAACUCCUGCCAAUGACGCGGCAGAACUGCACAAGGUGGCUCAAAAGGCCGUCAGUGAUCUAACCUCCCUGUAUGGUACCAAAUACACAUACGGCAGCAUCAUUGAUACUAUCUACCAAGCCAGUGGUAACACCAUUGACUGGACCUACGAACAGGGCAUCAAGUACUCCUACACCUUUGAGCUGAGGGAUGAGGGUCGCUAUGGCUUCCUCCUUCCUGCAUCUCAGAUCAUCCCCAACGCUCAGGAGACUUGGCUGGCUCUGAUGGCCAUCAUGGAUCACACCUCCAAGAACCCAUACUGAUCUGUGUGCGUGUAUAAAAGUGGAAAUCCUACAUUUGGGAAAUGUGACCCCUUUUUUCCAUCCUAAGAGUAAUUCAGACCCAUCACGAUCGAGGGCUGUUCAGACUUUCUCAAAACCACAAGACAAAUAAACACAAUCCAAAAUCAAAGCUGAAUUUCUUUGUGAUCCUGCUUGCACUGUAGCACAUUCAGGCCUCAGGAGUGUCCCAACACUGUGUGCUGGGUUGCGUGUUUCUUUUAUUAUUUUUCUCAAUGUGACUUUUCAGACGUUGCAAAGCAUAGCUGCAGCAUCAUUGCCAGCUGCUCAGCAUACUGUACCGCCUUGGUCCCAGGGCACUACUGCAUAAAUAGGAGAGGCAGAAUUAGAAAACAUAUCCCACCUGUGCCUGCCAGGCUCUCCACUGCUCCCUGAACCUUCCACUCCACCUCUCCCUCUGCAGCUGAGACACCACCACACACCACCAUCCAACCCAUACACAAGAGUAUUUUUUCAUGCACUUUAUGUCUCUCACACAAAACUGCAGCGCCACCGUGAUCAUCGCAAAAAGGAAGAUGAAACAUAAGAUAUAUACAGGAACUUUUGUGGUCAGCAGUUUAUUUACAUUUUGAGCUCUAGACAGAAUAUUUUCAAAUUCUGAACUACGAAAACUGUUGCUGUUUUAUGGCAGACCCAUGAAUGCCAUCUGUUAAUAUAUUCUGACACAUGAAAGAAAGCAUUUAAAUACAUUUAUCCAUUUGAUAAAUUCUAUUAAAGCAACAACAAUAAUUCUGAAACAUGUAACAAAAAUCUAUUGAUUGAUUUGCAAAUUGUUCCACAUGUCAAUGCAAUGA